UCCAUCCAAUAGGAUCUCGCCACUUGGUUCCUGCAGUUUCACCAAUACUCCGUUUUCCCCCAAAACAAGAUUUUCGAUUCUAUUCGGACAUCUUCUAUUGAAUCCGUCGGCGUGGCCGCGUGGGACUCUCUCCUCCUCGAUUAAGGCAGUUUGGGUCAAAAAAUGGAGGGUGGGUUUGGGGAAUCGAUGAAUAGGCAACCCCCAAGCCCUUCGUUUGCAAGCAGUAGCAAUAACAACACUGAUGCUGGAGAUUUUGAGUGUAAUAUUUGCUUUGAUUUGGCUCAAGACCCUAUAGUUACUCUUUGUGGUCAUCUCUUCUGCUGGCCUUGCCUCUACAAAUGGAUUCACAUCCACUCGCAUUCGCACGAGUGCCCUGUUUGUAAGGCUCUCAUUGAAGAGGAGAAGCUGGUUCCUCUAUACGGCCGUGGAAAGAAUUCUACCGACCCUCGCUCUAAGUCAAUUCCCGGAAUGGAGAUUCCACAUCGCCCCACUGGUCAAAGGCCCGAAACAGCUCCUCCACCUCAUCCAAAUGCUUUUGCACACCAAGGGUAUGGAUUCAUGGGCGGCUUUGGCCCCUUUGGUGGCUUUGCGCCUGUGAGUGCUAGGUUUGGAGGCUUCACAUUAUCUGCAGCACUUGGAGGACUAUUGCCGUCAAUCUUUAACAUUCAAGUUAAUGGAUUCCCAAAUCCCAACAUGUAUGGAGCAGGCCAUGGCUUCCCAUACGGGUACCCUAAUACGUUCCAUGGCGCACAUGCUCAGGGAUUCCCUCAUCAUCAAAACCAGGAAGAGCAAGUGGAUUCCAACUUGAAGCUCCUAUUUAUGGUGGUCGGAUUCUGUGUGCUUCUAAGUGUAAUUUGGAGUUGAGGUAAAUCAUCAGUUGGUGCUUGAAUAUUGACUAAUAUCGCUUCGUUCUUGUAUAUAUGUUAGUCUAUAUCUUCACUUCUUUUCUGCGAGGCAAAUUUAGUUCUUAUAACACCCUAAGUGUUAUGAAUAAUUACUAGUUGUUUAGUAAGUUUGUUUAAAUGUACUGCCAUUUAGUGAUGAGGUGAAGCACCAUAGGAGAGUUACAGGUUUGAGGCUUCUUUAGUUAGCUUAGCAGUUUGACGUCGUGUCACGAUAGGGCAUUGCUGUUGUUGAUAGGUUCUCCAAUUUCACUUCUGUUGCAUUUGAGAUCAGUCAACAUUUGUAUAACUGUAUUGCUCAAUAAGUCAGUAUUCUUAAUCACAA